AUGGCUCCGAGCAACGGCUGCUGGUUUUUUAAAUUAUGUAUUUUGAUCACUUCCAGUGUGUUAUCGAGAGCAUACGAUGUGAAGAACCAUCCAUGUUGCCAAGAGCCAGGCGAAAACCUAACCUUGAGUAUGAUAAUUGAUGCCUAUGAAAUUUAUGGUCAUGACCCUACGGAUAAACUUGACCACCUCGCACAUUACCAGAUUGAGAUGAUGAAGGUUAAGCGCGCACCUGAUCAGUAUAUUAUUAAUGAGCACAUACAUAUUGCAACUGAUCAUUUGGCGAGGUUUAUCAAAUUACAUAUUAAGGAGCUGAAGGUGUUACUAAUAGCCCUAGAGGACGCUAUAGAUAACAUGCUGACGAUGUACGACAACCAUAACGCUAUUAAAACAGAGCGUGUGGCUACAUACAAUUCGGCGGCGGGAGGUGCAGUUCCCUCCGAGUUUUAUUUGAGUCAAGAGUACUACUGUGGCAAAAAUAUCUAUAUUUUUAUAUCGGAAUUGUACAGCGAUAUUUAUAACAUGGGUCGAAGCCCGGCGCCAUAUUGCAAGAAUAGAGGAUUUCAUUUCCUUGGCUUUGUUCAUUUUAUGGACGAAAAUAAAUACUAUCUAGAAGAGGACCCGAGCCUUGUGUUUCAGAUGGACAACUAUAUUCACGGAUUGGAGUGUCAUUUAGGUUUAUGUAUAUACAGAUUUCCAUUUAAAAAGAACUUACAGCAUAUACGCGAUGUUUCAACAAUGCCGAAGGCAAUCGUCAAAUGCGGUACGGACAUGUACAAGCUGCCUCCGCUGACCGCAGCUUCCUGUAUCAUCACCUCGGGUUCCUUUAUUCUCGACUUCAACAUACAAGGCAUUCGCUUUCGACACUUCGACUAUUUGUUGAUUUUGCCGAAUGGUCACACGUAUUACACCAAAGAGAAAUUUUCGCCUCUAGUUUGCGAUCACCACGUAUGUGAAUGGAAUAACACUAACUUUUACGGAGGACCAUUCAUAAUCCCGGGUGAUCCGGGGACUGGACUCUCUCCUAUUCCACCAUUUCUUGAACAAACAACGGAAUUCACUACAGUUUCAACCGAAAAUCCAAGUGAAUUUAAUCCCAAUAUUACAUAUACUCUCGACGGUUGUUGGUUCAUGUUUCCGCCAAAUUACGGCUCGAUUGCCGGGAUCAGUUAUCUUGAUCCUCUAUCCGUCAAUGAAUACCGUUACACGUGUCAGGGAUCUGGUAAUAAUAAGGGUUUGUACUGGUAUCCCCAAUGGAUGGGCGCACCACCACAUCACCCUUAUCCUCAAUCUGGCGAUAUACCGGUAGACAUACCUCAGGGUCUUCCUGGACCAUAUUAUCCAAACUUACAAGGCGAUGUUCCCAUAGGCGCGAAUACGAAUCUCGGCGCUUAG